CGGACAGACAGGAGGGAAAGGAAGACCAGAAAAAAUAGGUUUCUGCGAGCGGCCGUCCCUCUGCCUUUAGCGACUCGCUCUAAAACUCGGGGCGCUUUGCUCUUGCUGGCUUAGAGCUGCUGAGACUAAAUUGGCGAUUAAAGGGUUUUUUUUUUAAUCGUCUGUCACCUCCUUCCUCCCCUUUUUUCGGGAGCGCAGUUGGACGCGGCCGGAGCUCACGUCAUCCAUUGUUUACAAACCAACCGCAGCAGUCACAACAGCGUUUGAGAGCGAGUGCGGUGCGCUAGAGAGAGGCCGGCCGGCAGAGAGAGGGCAGGCUCACUGGCAACUGCGGGAGCUGCCGCCACCGCGGAGUGGAAAGAAGGAAGCCAACGAGACAGAGUAACCAGCCGGCUGCGAUGCCCUGUCGGCGGCCGGGCGGGGAGCAAUUCCUGCUGCUGGAGCGCACCGUGUCUUUGCAGAGCGGCCCCGUCGGGGGGAGCAGCGGCUCGAAGGAAGUGGACGCGCUGGUAGCCAAGCUGGGCGAGGUGCUGCAGCUGAGCGCUCAGCACCGACCGCCGCCUCCCCGCCUCCCCAAGCACUACGGCCGAGACCGAGUGGCUCCUUAUUCGUCUCCGAGGGGACUCGACUUCUUAGCCUCGCUGCACCGGCACUCGCCUCCCCACCCGCCGCUACUACUGCUCCAGCCGCCGGCGCCUUCUGCGGACAAGAAGGGCAGCCCUCGGGUAGCCAAGCAGCUGUGCGGCCGGGGCUGGCUGCGGGCUGCGGGGAAGAAGCAGCAGCAGCAGCACCCUCUGCUGCAGGCAGGCGAUGACGAGGAAGACGACGACGACCCGCACCGUCUCCUGCAGCAGCUCAUCCUUUCCGGGAACCUGAUCAAGGAAGCCGUCCGGCGAUUGCAACUGGCCGCUACGACGACAUCGACGGCGGUGGAGACGUCCACCACUGGCUCCCCCGGCUCUGCCUCGUCCACGGGGAGCUGCCACAGCAGCAGUAGCGGCGAAGGGGACUCUUCUGCUUCUGCAGCAACCACAGCAUUCCCCGCCUCUCCUUUGCAGCCUCUUCCCUAGCCCUCUCCGGGGUGCAGCCGGCUCCACAGAUCGCCGGCAGGCAGCCCCUUCCCCUGCCACCGCCAAGAUUUGCCGUUUCCUACCCACCCACCCACCGCAACCCACACACACGCAAGGAGGGGAGGGGGCACAAACACAAUGGCGACGAGGCACGACUGCAAAUCCCUCCGGGGACGGAUUAUCGAGGCAACGCCAUAUACUUGAAGCGGACUCCUGUGCCCUUCGCUAGUACGAAAUGGACGAUUGUUGUGCUUUGCUGCUUGUGGUCACGCUGGGGCCAGGCUGCUCCCUCUUGAGAAACCGUGGUGCUAUGCAGCCCUGAACGGCUGCCCUCCAAUCUCCCGUCUAGCCGUCAUCUAACCAGUCGAGAUGACCUGAAUCUGCCUCCUGCGCCAGGAUUUGCGUUUGUCGUCUGGACACUAAUGCUGCACGCACCUCCCUCGCAGCCUGCUGCUCGCGUUGGGGGAUGGGGAGCGCGGAAAGGGACUCUUCCGCACAGCAUUGUCUUUCACGUGAAGCCCGUUUUGUGCGCGCACCGGUGUGCUACUUGGGGGCGGGGGCAGAAAUGCCGAAGUUGGCGGGUGUCAAAUAGUAAAGGCAUGCGAGAGGUUGUGGUUGGAGGGAGGGAGGGCGGGGAAUGGGGACUGUACACUAUUGAAUGCAAAUAUAAUCUGUCCUGAAGAGCUGCGCCUCUCUUGCCAAGGUCACCCUUCUGCAUCUCCCAUCCAGGCUGUGUUUGUUCUUCUGCUCCGCAGGCGGGUGGAGAUGGUAAUCCUAUCCCAGCUUGUUUUGACUGGGCUGUGGGCGAACCUUGUGUUUUGUAACUGCCGGGAGUCUCCUGAGGACGCGCACGUUGCCCGAUCCAAGUUGUUGUUAUGCUUCUCUCCCCCCCCCCAUCCCACUUAUUUCCAAGAGCUCCUCCUUUCCAGGACUCUCAGAAACGGGUCGUAUUACAGCAGUCUUUCUAAGAAAUCGCCCCCGCCCCCAUCCCCAUCUCUGCUAGCAGAGGCCAACUCUCUGGGGCUCCCUCCCAGCCGAAGGGUAUCAGGUUUGCCUCUUUACCCCCUCUCUGAUUCUUUCCCACACUGCCAGCCAUUUCGCUUGUGAGUCAAUCCUCCUACAGAGAAGAAAGGGGUUAAAUUGCUUAUGUUUUCUGAUUGUCUCACUGGAGCCAUUUGCAAUAAGUCUAAAUUACCCUUUUGGAAACAGCCCCCUCUUCCCUCUUGGAGCUUUCCUUAUUAUUUGUAUGCAGAUCUUUGUUUUGACCAUAUGAAGCAGUUUAAAAUGUGAAUAUUAAAGCUGGAAAGCAGCUGGAUUUAACUAAAAUGUAGUGAGAGACUGAGGAUAAAGAGGCACAUUGUUCACAGAAGGUAGCUAAAACAAGCUUUUUAUUAAAAGCAAAAAAAAAUCACACACAAAACCUCAAUGGCUCAAUCAGCAAGAAGCGGCUGUUGACAAUAUAUAUAUAAAUAUAUACACUUCGUAACGGAGUGUUGGAGUUCCUUUCCUGGUUUUCAGGGUUUGUCUUUAAUAUGUCUGUAUUGAAUAAAUGUUGUAGACUUUUAUAUAAAACCAGAAAA